UGACCAGGUGACCAGAGUCCUGUCGCCACUCCACCAGCGGCCAUUCAGUCAUGCGCCUCGCUAUCCUGUGGCUGUUCUCCAGCUGCCUCCUGCCGGCGGCUCAGAUUGGGCUGUGGGUCUGGGUGCGCGCAGAGGACUCUGGUCGGGAUCUGCUCCUCUCGCGGUUGGGCAGUGCGCAGUAUGGGCUCAACACCAGGCGCCUGGCGAAUGCCUCAAGUUAUCUGACCAGGAACUACAUUGCUGACAGGAUCAACACGCUGGUGGUGCGACAGAGCUGUGUGCAGUGUUCCCAGGAGCUGAACGACCGCCAGCGACAGCUGGUCGACCACAUCCUGGCCAGCCUCGCCCCGGACCUCAGUGUGCUGAUGCACAGGGGCACUGCCAAGGAGUCCUCCUGGGAGUAUACACUCUUCGUGGUCAACGACCACGCCGCCUACAGAGGCCAGGUCUUCAUGUUUCCGGACGAGCUGCUGGAGCGCGAGUUCUUCUACAUAGUGGUGGUGUCGGCAGUCCAAAGUGCCCGAUUCGUCAAUCAGACCGUUGAGUCCAUUGUGAAUUUCAAUCUGCAGAUGCAUUUCGUCAACGUGGUGGUGCUGGCGCAACUGGAGGACGGAACGGUGGCCGCCUACAGCUACAAGCUCUUCAAGCCCAACUGCAGGCCAGGCGUGAGGGUGCUGCGAAUCAAUCACUUCGACAGGAUCACCGGCGAGCCGCAGCAGAGUAUGCCGGACUUGUAUCCCGUGCGGAAGGGCCACCUGGGCGAUUGCCCCUUCAAUGUGGGCGCCACCCACCUGCCGCCCCACUUGAUCUACAAGCGGCACAAGGGUCCUCCGCCGGCCAGCAACGAGUCCGUUCCGGCCGAGGAUCUGUCCGGCAUCGACUGGGAUCUGCUCCAGCUGCUGGCCCAGGCGCUAAGGUUUCGCAUCCAGCUGUACAUGCCCCAAGAGCCCAGCCAGAUCUUCGGCGAGGGCAACGUUUCCGGCUGCUUCAAGCAGCUGGCAGACGGCGCCGUGUCGAUAGCCAUCGGCGGCUUGAGUGGCUCGGACAAGCGGCGCUCCCUCUUCUCCAAGUCCACCGUGUACCACCAGAGCCACUUCGUGAUGGUGGUGCGCCGGGAUCGGUACCUGGGUCGCUUUGGCCCGCUGAUCCUGCCGUUCCGGGGCAAAGUGUGGGGCGCCAUCAUCGCCAUCCUGCUGCUGGCCGUGCUGAGCACCUGUGCACUGAGAUCCCGCUUGCGCCUGAGCCAUCCAAUGGAGAAUCUGCUUGUGGUGAUUGUGGGCAAUCCGAUAGCCGAGCGCAGGCUGCCAGGCACAGGAUUCCUGCGCUACUUGCUGGCCAGCUGGCUGCUGCUCACCCUGGUGCUGCGCUGUGCCUAUCAGGCGCGGCUCUUCGACGUGCUCCGCCUCUCGCGCCACCGCCCACUGCCCGAGGAUCUCAGCGGCCUGGUCAGGGACAACUACACCAUGGUGGCGAACGGGUACCAUGACUUCUAUCCCGUGGAACUCACCAGCCGCCAGCCUCUGGACUUUGCCGCCCGAUUCGAGCGGGUUCAGGGCGCCGCUGCGGGCGAACGGUUGACCACGAUCGCGCUGGUCAGCAACCUGGCCUAUUGGAACCACAAGCAUCGGAACACCAGCCGCCUGACCUUCGUUCGCCAGCCCAUCUACAUGUACCACCUGGUCCUCUACUUCCCCAGGGGCUUCUUCCUCCGGCCAGCCGUCGAUCGCAAGAUCAAGCAGCUGCUGAGCGCCGGGGUGAUGGCCCACAUCGAAAGGCGGUACAUGCAGUACGAGGACAAGCGGAGUGUGGCCUCCAACGACCCCGUGCUCCUGCGCAGGAUCACCCGGAGCAUAAUGAACGGUGCCUACCGCAUCCACGGCCUGCUGACUCUCCUGGCCACCGGCGUGUUCCUCCUGGAAUUUCUGGCGGGGCGCAGCAAUGGUAGACUUAGGCGAUGCUUGGACUGGAUGCAUCAGCCGUAG